CGUGUCAGUAGAGCGGUGGGUCGAUGCAUCUACAGGUGGAAGGGUUACGGUUAAGACGAAUCCAGAAGCCUCCGCGCCGCCGCGAGCCCCUUCGCCGCCAGUUCACAUCUGUCUCGUCUCGCCGCGGCGGGCUGCGCCGUCUCGCAAGCCGCAAUGCCGAAGAAGAUGGGAGUCAACACCAAGGCGGAGGCGGCACGCGAGCGCCGGAGCGCCGCCGAGGCGGAACGCCGUGACUGCGACGCGCGCGCCAAGGAGGAGGCAUACUGGCAGGCGGCCCAGGGCCCCAAGUCGCGCUCGGUGCGCCGCCGCGAGGAGGACGCCGAGAAGCGCGCGGAGGCGGCCGCCCGCCGCGCCGAGAACCGCCGCCUCGCCGAGCUCGAGCAGCAACAACUCGCGUCCGCCGCGCGGCGCCCCGACCGCAAGGCCGCUCGCGUCGGCGGGCCCGUCGUCCCCAAGGUCACCGAAGCCGAGCUGCUGCGCCGCCGAGAGGAGGAGCGGAUCCGCCUCGAGCGCGAGGCUGAGGCUGCCAAGAAGCGGCAGGCCCGCACCGCCGAAGAGGAGGAGUACGAGCGCGUCGUGCUCGUCGCCAACACCAACAGGGACGACUCCAUCAUCGAGGCGCGGUCAGUGGAGGACGCCAUCGCCAAGAUGUCCAUCGCCGCCGAGCCUGCGCUGCAACCGGAUCGCCACCCAGAGCGCCGCCUCAAGGUCUCGUACAAGGCUUUUGAAGAAGCAGAGCUAGCCAAGCUCAAAGAGGAAAAACCUGGGCUAACUCUGCAUCAGUACAAAGAUAUGAUAUGGAAGUUAUGGAAGAAAUCUCCCGACAACCCUCUCAAUCAGGCUGCUGAUUGAUUUCAUGAGUAUGUGACUGGUAUAUUGGAGCCACCCUGGCAUGCUUUCCUUUAAUUCUUUAUCAAUACAAAGACCGCCUUGGACAUCUGGAGGAAGUAAAUGUACUUUUUUCCUGUAAACUGUUUUACUUUUAGAAUGAAAUCAGCUUGCGUUUCUGCAUUAUUGAUGCAGUUGAGCAAAUGUGAUAUCUGUACACAGGAAGAACACAAUGGGACAUGAUUAUUAUUUAUUCAUUCAGUCAAUCAACAGUUAAACACAUAUGAGUACUACUUAUGUAGGAUUAUCAUGUUAAGAACAUGUUUCUAUGAACUAACUUGAUGUUUCGAAUCAUUCGAUUGCGAGAUAUGCU